AUGGUAGGCUGGAAGCUCCUUUGGGGCCACAAAGGCCCCGAAUGGCAAUCUGAGAGAAUAUUCGAUUCUAUUCGAAUAUUCAAGCUGAAAUAUGCCACACCAUUAUUUGACUUGAAUCAAAUACAAAUACGAAUAGUCGAAUCGAAUCGAUUUGAUGUGCUUAGUGGAAACAACUCUCAAGGUGCUGAAACUGAUAGCAGUACUCAAAGUAAGAAGCAUAAGCUUAAAAGUAAGGUGUGGGAUCAUUUUGAAAGGGUUGCUAAUGGUGACACUGUUAAGGCCAUCUGCAACUACUGCAAGACUGUACUCAGUGCAACGCAUGCCGACAAAUGUUUUGUCAAACAUGGUGGGGUCACCUGGCAGAGGCAAAGCCAACUCAACUUUACUGGCCAUUCAAGGGGUGUCUGUAUUUUCUCCCAAGAUGAAUCCCGUGAUAAGUUGACCCAGAUGUUCAUCAAUCACAAAUAUCCCUUCAGCAUGGCCAAGCAUGAUGGUUUCAUUGACUUCAUGCAAACAGUUCAACCACAAUUCACCAUACCCGGACGGAUGACCUUGCAAAACAAUUCUGUAAAUCUGUAUGGCAAGUACAGUCUCCAGGCUGAGAGGUGCUACGCUACACUACACUAUUUGACCACUAACUUGUUAGCUGAUUCUAAACCCCACUACGCUAACUUGUUAGCUUCAAAUAAUCUCAGCUAA